UUUCAGACUCCCCGUACCGGAAGGGAAAGCUAACCAAGUGGCGGACAAGUUGGCCGCUAUGGAUCAUUCUGUAAACAGCCCUUCGAAUCAUACUGGAGUGGAAGCUCUCCAUGAUUCGAGUUCUCGUCUGGGUCGCGGAUCGGAAUCUAAAUGCCUCGCCAUUAAUGUUCUGCUGAAGCUUUUGCUUUUGCUCUUGCUCUUGCUCUUUUUCGGAAGCUCAGUAGCAUCUACAGACCGUAAGCAUCCCCCUCUUUAAACCGUAGCCAACCCCCAUCAGCAUCUGGCACUCGAAGCUCUUAUUAAAGGACUGCGAAGGCUGCUCGUCGUCCAGCCCUAGUUUGAAACUUCUUCGGUGUCGAUUGCUCUCGCUUGAAUCGAGAAUGAGCUCUGCAACUUUCGGUUCCAUUUGCUUUGACCGAGGAUGCCUUUUGAAGGAUGAAGCAAAAAUUUCAAAGUUGAAAAAGCAGUAUGGAAGGAAGGUGUGCAUCAGAAAUUCAGUGGCUUCAUCACCACCGACCUUGCAGUUUGCGGAGACCAAAGCUCUGAAAUCGGAAAAGACUGUUCAUAUCGGUGUUCUUGGAGCAAGUGGUUACACUGGCUCUGAGAUUGUACGUCUCCUGGCAAAUCAUCCGUACUUCGGCAUUACUUUGAUGACUGCUGAUAGAAAAGCUGGCCAAUCAAUUGCAUCAGUAUUUCCUCAUUUGGUCACACAAAACUUGCCAGCUAUGGUUGCUAUCAAGGAUGCAGAUUUUUCUAAUGUGGAUGCUGUUUUUUGUUGUUUGCCACAUGGAACGACGCAGGAAAUUAUCAGAGGUCUUCCCAGAGGGUUAAAGAUUGUUGAUCUUUCUGCAGAUUUUCGGCUGCGAGAUAUUGAUGAAUAUGAAGAAUGGUAUGGUCAGCCACACAGGGAAAAAGAUUUGCAGAAAGAAGCUGUGUAUGGUUUGACAGAGAUUUUGAGGAAAGACAUUCAAAGUGCACGACUAGUUGCUAAUCCUGGUUGUUAUCCAACAUCCGUUCAGCUUCCUCUUGUUCCCUUGAUAAAGGCCAAUCUUGUUCAACUGAGAAACAUCAUUAUAGAUGCAAAGUCUGGUGUAAGUGGAGCAGGACGUGGUGCCAAAGAAGCAAAUUUGUACACUGAAAUUGCUGAAGGCAUUCAUUGUUAUGGUAUCACAAGACAUCGUCAUGUUCCAGAAAUUGAACAGGGACUAUCUGAUGUUGCACAUACGAGAGUAACAGUCAGCUUCACUCCACACCUAAUGCCAAUGAGCCGUGGUAUGCAAUCAACUAUAUAUGUGGAAAUGGCUCCUGGGGCAACUAUUGAAGAUUUAUAUCAACAAUUGAAAAUAUUCUACGAGAAUGAAGAAUUUGUAAUUUUGCUGGAGAAAGGAGUUGUUCCUCACACUCGAAAUGUUCGGGGAUCUAAUUAUUGUUUAAUGAAUGUUUUUCCUGAUCGCAUUCCUGGAAGAGCUAUAAUAGUAUCUGUUAUUGAUAAUCUUGUAAAGGGAGCUUCUGGUCAAGCUGUACAGAAUCUUAACUUGAUGAUGGGAUUCCCAGAGAUUACAGGACUACACUACCAGCCUUUGUUCCCUUAGAAUGUGACUCAGUAUCCUUAGACAGAAUGAGCACGUGAGUCUCAAGUUAAUAACAACUUCAGGUACGAGAAUCCCUUCAGUAUAAGGUCAUUUCAAAGGUUUGGUUCCCCUCUGCCUCAACCUUCUGACAUUUCCUUGUCCUCACAGUCCCUUCAACUGCAUUCCUACCGAUGUUCAAGGAAAAUAUCAAAUUUUUUUCACCCCAAGAUGACCAAAUCCUUACUUACUGUUGGCACUUGAUGUAGAUUAUGUCAAAUUUGUCAACAGAGUGAUACUAUUUGACGAUAUCAGGGCCAGGAUAAGUGAUACAGCUAUCUAGUACCAAUAAUAAUUCUAUACUUUUGCCCCACAGCUUGUGCCAGUAUCUUAUCUCUGGAACCAUGAUUUGAUUAUUGAGAGCUCGUAAGAUUGUGGCAAGACAUCAUCGAUUUAGAUUCUAUAUUGCAUAAAUCCAAUAUUUUCACAAUAUGGGGCAAGAUUACACUCUGGAUUAAUAUUGCAUUUCUGAAGUAUCUCGAAUGUUUGCUAAUAUUUUGCUUUUGUUUCAGGUAUUUGUGCUACAAACGUCAUUCUGAAGAGAGCUUAUGAAUGAAUGUUACCAAUGUGUAUGUUAUUGUUGACAACAUGUAUUAACAAUGUUUUAUUCGGAAAUAAAGUAUGCUAUAAGAUGGUAAGAAGACAUAACAGUAAUAUAUUAUGAAAUAAUGUAGGCGGAAAAUCAUUGUGUUUGGGUGGCAGAAUAUACAUUUCACUGGCCCAGCAUUGUUUUCUUCUUUUUCUUGAACUUUUCUUUAAUAAAGAUCUUAUUUUCAUUGAGAA